CGUGUCAGGAGGCGGGGCGCAAGGGACGCUGCCGCGUAGUCGCCGACUCAAUGGGCGGUGGCAGAGCAUGUGUACGCUCCUGUUACUCGCCCGGGACCCUCUGCCGCGCCAGGAGCUGAAACUAGCGGUUGCACCGACACCGCAGCAGAGGAGGAGGAGGAGGGCAAGGACGGCCGGAGACAGGUCGGGCGUCCCUCUCCGAGGCUGAACGGCCUUGGCCUCGUGGGGGUCAUGGCAUCUCUGGUAGACCGAGUGCGGGGCAAUGGGCGCAUCGCCGCCGGGCUCCUGGUCAACCUGCUGGUGUCCAUCUGCAUCGUGUUCCUCAACAAAUGGAUCUAUGUGCACCAUGGCUUCCCUAACAUGAGCCUGACCCUGGUGCACUUUGUGGUCACCUGGCUGGGCUUGUUCCUCUGCCAGAAGCUGAACAUCUUUGCCCCCAAAAGUCUGCCGCCUUCUAAGCUCCUCCUCCUGGCUCUCAGCUUCUGUGGCUUCGUGGUCUUCACCAAUCUUUCUCUGCAGAACAACACCAUAGGCACCUAUCAGCUGGCCAAGGCCAUGACCACGCCGGUGAUCAUAGUUAUCCAGACCCUCUGCUACAAGAAAACCAUUUCUAUCAAAAUACAGCUCACGCUGAUUCCUAUAACUUUAGGUGUAAUCCUAAAUUCUUAUUACGAUGUGAAGUUUAAUUUCCUUGGAAUGGUGUUUGCUGCUCUUGGUGUUUUAGUUACAUCCCUUUAUCAAGUGUGGGUAGGAGCCAAACAGCAUGAAUUGCAAGUUAACUCAAUGCAGCUGCUGUACUACCAGGCUCCGAUGUCAUCCGCCAUGCUGCUGGUUGCUGUGCCCUUCUUUGAGCCCCUGUUUGAAGAAGGAGGCCUGUUUGGUCCCUGGUCAGUUUCUGCUCUGAUCAUGGUGCUGCUGUCUGGAGUAACAGCUUUCAUGGUGAACUUGUCGAUUUACUGGAUCAUUGGGAACACUUCACCAGUCACCUAUAACAUGUUCGGACACUUCAAGUUCUGCAUUACUCUGUUUGGCGGCUAUGUUUUAUUUAAGGACCCGCUGUCAGUUAACCAGGGUCUUGGCAUGCUGUGUACAUUAUUCGGCAUUCUCGCCUAUACCCAUUUUAAACUCAGUGAACAGGAAGGAAGUAAGAGUAAACUGGUACAACGACCUUAAUUGGGUUUUUUGUGGAGAAGAGAAAGUCACCCCAAGAAGAUUAUGAAAUGUGAAAUGUACAAGUUGCUUUCAAAGAAGGAAAAAAAUUACAUUGCAAAAUUUAUUGAAUGAUGGUUUACAAGAAGUAACACAAAGGAAAUUUUAUUUAUAAAUAAUGACUUUUUUAGUGUACCUUUUUUUUUUUCAAAAACUUAAUUCAUGCUUCUUUUCAAAGAUGAUGAUGGUAUGAAUUAUAUAGGAUGGUUUGUUUAUACCAAAUGAAGUACAUAAAAUUAAAGUUCCAUAGUGACUAAGGACUUCAUAUCACUGAACUACAAAUGUGUCAAGGCUUUAAGUGUUCAGACUGUUCAAAAAAGGACACAGAAGAUUCCUCUACCUACUGGUAGGGUGGUCCUCAGUGUGAACUCUAUUAUGAUUUCAGUCAGCAUUCAAGUCAGAAUUUAAAUCUAGCAUUGCUAUCUUAGUUGGUUUAGUAAAACUUCCUGCUUAUUUCAUUUCUAGAAAGUGAAAUAUAAUUUAUAGAAAGCAAAGUGUAGUACAAAAGGCCAUAAAACAAAAUCUAAUUCCAAAAGUAACAUUCUUCUAAUGGAAAAUUGACGUCAGAAAUGAUGCAGCCCCGACUGGUGUGGUUCAGUGGGUGGGGUGACUGGGACGUCCCACACACUGGAAGGUUGCAGGCUUGAUUCCCAGUCAGGACACAUGCCAGUUGGGGGCGUGCGAGAGGCAUGAUCCAUGUUUCUCUCCCGUUCUUUCUCCCUCCUUUCCCCUCUCUCGAAAAAUAAAGAAAAAUAAAAUCUUUUAAGAUUUUUCUAUAAAAAAGAAGUUGUAUGUUAUCCAAAAAAGCUAAGUUUUUGAGGGGACUCUCAGUGAAUUCUAGAAACUACAUUUAGUUAAAAAACAAAUUAACUCCACAUUCAAAUGUCCCAAAGGAAAGACUAUAGAUGAAAUAAGGUUUCUCAUUAUCUUGGUAACUGUUCUCCUGGCCUCUUUGAGCCCAUGCUGGUAAUUUCUAGUUCCCCAUCUCUGCUCUUACUCCCGCCGCCCACCCCUGCCCCAUUUGAGGCACCCGUGGAGCCUUCUCUGGCGCUGAGGACUUGGAGUGAACUGUGUCCAGCCACCCUAAGGCUGAGGAAGAUUCUUACACAACAAGUCAUGGCAAAUGCUGUCCAAACACUGAGCAGAAACUUGGUGAAAAUGUUAGGAAAGAUUUGAAAGAGAAGUAGAAAGAUGGUUAAUAAUUAACUACUUCUAUGAAUUUUGAAAGGAAUAAUUUUUUUUUAAGUUAGUGUAUAGGGGGAACAUAUGAGUCCCACCUAAGGAAAUAAAUAGUACCACAUAUUUAAUUGCAAAAUUUAUUUCUGCCUUCCAACUUCUUGACGUUAGAGCUUCAAAAGCAGUUGCCAAUAACCUCUCAUAAAUUAGACAAACCCUCUUGUAAUAAAUAAUUCUUUUUCUAAAUAUUAUUUUUAAAUUUUAAAUGAGAAAACAACUUUUAAGAGGAUGAAGAGCCAUGUGGAUUUUGUAGGAUUUUUUUCCCUGACCUAUUUGAAAUGAAAGCCUCCGAGAAAAUCUAUUUUGACAGUAUUUUGUAUUGGUCACUCUGUUGUAUGAUUAAUAUGUGUCAUUUUCUAUUUGUGUUUUAAAUAUUCUUUGGUUCUUCUCAGUUUCCGAAAGUAUAUUUUGUUGUGCUAAGAAGUACAAGACGAUUUAUUUGUCUUACAGAUGGGCCUCAGGCAUUGUUUGUCUACAGCAUUCUCUGUGUGUGUCUAAAUGAACAUGUAAUUAUUUCCCCAAAGCUGGAGAAAAGUAUUUCAACACAGUGAGAAUUAUGUGACUUCUGUGUGCCAACAGCUGAGUUAAUUUGUGCCAUGUACAAAUGCUCAUUGACUGUAAAUACCACUUAGGGGGUGGGUUAGAAUAAGGGACUGAUAUCAGUAGGAAGGCAGUGAGAAAGUUGGAACAAGACAGGGUGGGAUACAUAUACAUGUAUAUAUGUAUAUAUGUAUGUAUGUGAAUAAAAUACGUGCUGCUGGAACUAGAGGCUGACAAACCUACUUGGCCCUGAAGACAGCUUCCCAGGGAAAAGGAAAUUCCUGGAGGAGAACAUGCCGGAUGACCGGUACCUGCCACAGCAACCAGCCCAGUGCCUGGAGGAGCUGCACUUGCUGCAGGUGGAGCCGCACUCGUUUUUCACCCUAUGCUAAAUGACUGGACUUCAGUGUUUACCUGUUACAAAUAAAGAGACCCUGAUGUUUUUACUUCCAUACUGUGUGGGGACCAGUGGAAAAACGGUAGCAUCUCUGUGUACGUGCAGUGGGAAACGCUGGCCUGUCCAGCUCCCAAAUAUGUGGAAUCCAGUGAAACAAAAUCCUCGUUUCCUUUUUAAAAUAUCAG